AAAGAAUACACUCAUUUGCAAAUCAAUUUGGGUUUCACGAGAGACUCAACUGAAUCUCUCGUUUAUGAUAUUCUACAACUGAAUGUGCUGCACACAGGCCGCCUCGUGUUUCAGUUGGCACGAUAUUCGAGUUUUCAGCAACCUUGGCACCUGUCUGUUCGCUUGAGAGAGUCCAGCACCAAGUUCCUUUCGGCGAGACGGCCGAAGUGGUUAGAGCGCGAAAUUACUGAUCGGAAGGUUCGUGGUUCGAAUCCGUCCUCUGCCUCUCGACUCCCCCUGUCUAGGCUUGGACAACCUGGCAGCAUCCCAGCCCUCGUGCAACCUUCGGGUGGCAUGGCAGUUAGGCACCGGAAGGGUGCUACAGCUGAACGAUUAAAUAAAAAAAUUUCACCCUGGGGCUUUAAAUAUAAUUGGACGAACCUUAUGAUUGAUUGGUCAACCCACGCGUCAAUCAAGGUUUCGUAUCGGGAACCUCAACCGGCCACCGCGGGCACACUACCUAGACUGUAUGAUAGAUUAGAGUGGUGGAAAAUUGAAAACUACCGUCUACCGGAAGCCAACAGACACAGGAGCCACCUUAAACCACUCAUCAGCACACACAAAGUCCGCGUACGCCAGUGUUGUCUCAUCGAUGUGAGGCAGCAUUUCCCGAAACAACAUUUCAUUCUA